AACCAGAAACGCUAUCAGGAUUGGUUUCAGGACAAAUACUUUUCUACGCCUGAAUCACAUAGUUUGCGUUCUGAUCUAAUUCGCUUUAUAAUUAAUGUGAUUCACCCUACGAACGACAUGUUAUGCUCCGACAUAAUCCCACGCUGGGCGAUUAUUGGGUGGCUCAUAUCAUCAUGCACAAAUCCCAUAGCCUCAGCCAAUGCUAAACUAUCGUUGUUCUAUGACUGGCUUUUCUUUGAUCCAUUAAAAGACAACAUAAUGAAUAUAGAACCCGGAAUUUUAGUUAUGUAUCACUCUAUCAGAAACCAUCCGUUCGUCAGCAGUACACUAUUGGAUUUCCUGUGCCGAAUCACAAAAAAUUUUUAUGUUAAGCAUGAAGAUAAAAUUCGAAUGGGCGUGUUUAAUUCAUUGAAACUAAUACUUGAUAAACAGGUCAUUCCAAAUUUACAACCUCUUUUUGAAUCGCCAAAACUAGACAGAGAAUUGCGUAAUUUAAUACGUGAAAACUUUAAAGAGUUUAUGGCGCCGAACCCAAAUAUAGCGCAAACGUUUAAUACGCAUUCAAUACAACAAACGAUUUUUAAAAAAGAAACGGAUCAGCGCAUAAUGCAUGGUGAACCAGUCGAUGUACCAGCGUUUGCUUAA